AUGGCAGGUCAAGCAGCUCCAGCUCCAGCUCCAGCUCAGACCAGCAUUACGGCGGAGACGAGCGAAGAGAAUCAGGCGUGGAGAGCUGCAGCUACUGCUUUCAACGAUCCUUUGCAUGCCGCACCUGGAUCUACCUUGCUACCUCUCCCUUCCAAGGACUAUCCCGCUUCACCGCUGGCAUUGUAUUACGAGCAGAGAAAUGGUAGAGCGCAAGAGUCCGUCCCUACCACGCCAAGGGAUAGAUACAAGGUGUUGCUCAGGUUCUUUGCUACUCUGAGCUACGCAUCCGUGCUUGGCGGUGGCAUUGCAGCUGUCGCUGUUGCGCUCUACAGGGUGAGUGGAGUCCGAAUCGCGCUAGGGAUGUCGCCGUUACUCAUACCUUCAUCAACAAACUCUUGAGGCAUAUAUCCUACCUCGACUCACAGAGACGCUCUCAGCUCGCUCUGCCUUGUUGAAGCAUCAUCACACACAAUACGGCUCCUUGUUGGAAAAGAUACGCCUGGUCGGUAAGCAGGCCAUCGGGGGUCCUGUGCAGGCCGAGUCGGCGGAUGAGCCGGCAGACGUGGCGCCUGAAACCGCAGAGGAAGGCAAGAAUGGCGUCGCCACAGCAGUCAAGAAGGUGACUUUCAGUGACGAGGUGGAGAAAGACGACUCUUUGAAGUCCGAGACGGCGGCGGCCCCGCUUGCGGAUCCAUCAGUAGAAGAGAAAGAGACAAAGAGCGCAAUGAAAAAAUCUGCAUCUUCGACAUCCAUUCCCUCUGAUCCGAGCUCCCCAAAGAAGAGCGUGGCGGGUCUGGAUGCUGAGGGAGAGGCUGUAGUAGCAGUGGAAAAGCAAGAGCAAGAACCUCUCAAGCCGAUUUAUCUAUUCGACGAUCUCUGCGCCAGCUUGACUCGACUUUCGACGGCGCUCAAAGGCGAGUUGAGACCGACGGAUGCUGGCGUUCGGGGCUCCAAAGCUCCUGCUCGGUCUCGACUUCCUCCAAAUCUGGGGUCAAAGCAAGCGACCGUGUUUUCCGAAUCGUCCGCCGAUGAAGAUUGGGAGUCUUCCUUGUCCGCAUCCGAAGGGGAGGGCACGCACGCAGAGGAAGAAGAGGACGAGUUGGAAUUCGAUCCUUUUGCUCCCAUACCGCGAAGGCAUGCGAGCAGUAAAGUUCGACGUAGAGUAGGUCCUUCCAGUCGACUGGGUGGCGGCAAACACUCGCCUUCACCCUUGUCCAACUCUUCUACCGAUGCGCACACGACCAGACAGGGACAAGGCCAAGCACAUGCUUCAAGUUCCAACCCCAAAGAGCUCUAUUCAAGACUGAGCAACCUCAACUCCUACAUUAAUGCGCAGAGCUUCUUAACCAGUACAAACGACAUGGGGAGGUACAAUGGACCGUUGGGCAUCUCCAAUUCGAGCAGCACCUCCACACCAUCGGGUUACUUGAGCGCUUCUGCGAGCGAAAAUGAGAGCCCUUUCAAAGCUAGAGGAACGGCCACUGCUGCUACCGCCACGAGCGGCAGCGGCGCGACGGACACUUCAGCUGCACCAACUGCCGUCAGAGCGACGGAUGUGAAUCAGGUAAAGGCAGAGAUCAGAAGUUUGAAAGGUCUCUUGUUGAGCAGGUGAGUACCGUGUCCCUUCCCUGGCAUCUAUCGUCAAGGCCGCUACAUGCCUGGAAAGGGAAAGGCUUCGAAGUGCGAUGCGCGUCAUUGACAUGUCACAUUCUUUGCCCAUUCACCGCCCACUCCUUCCCCCUCCCACCUUCCCCCCUUUUUUUCUCUUCCUCUUGCUAGACGAAAUUUCCCCUCGUACUCUCGUCCGCCCGUCGUGCAGUCUUCUUGA